CCCGGGGUGGUAGCGGCGAGCUCAGGGGGCGGAGCCGCGGGGCUGGUGGUGCCCUUGAAGAGCGGCCGGGACGCGCGUCCGCCGCGGGCCGUGUGUGCGGCGCGAUCUCCGAGGUGCUUUGCCAUCUGGACGGUCACCAUGUUGUGCCGGGCGGCGUGCAGCACGAGCAGGAAGCUGGUGCCAGCUCUGGGGUCUCUGGGGUCCCGGCAGAAGCACAGCCUCCCCGACUUGCAGUAUGAUUAUGGCGCUCUGGAGCCCUACAUCAACGCCCAGAUCAUGCAGCUGCACCACAGCAAGCACCACGCGGCCUAUGUGAACAACCUGAACGUCACCGAGGAGAAGUACCAGGAGGCGCUGGCCAAGGGGGACGUGACAGCUCAGAUUGCUCUGCAGCCUGCACUCAAGUUCAAUGGUGGAGGCCAUAUCAAUCAUACCAUUUUCUGGACAAACCUGAGCCCCAAUGGCGGGGGAGAGCCCAAAGGGGAAUUGCUGGACGCCAUCAAACGUGACUUUGGUUCCUUCGACAAAUUUAAAGAGAAGUUGACCGCUGUAUCGGCUGGUGUCCAAGGCUCGGGUUGGGGUUGGCUUGGUUUCAAUAAGGACCAGGGACGCCUCCAGAUUGUUGCCUGUCCUAACCAGGAUCCCCUGCAGGGAACAACAGGUCUUAUUCCCCUGCUGGGGAUUGACGUGUGGGAGCACGCUUAUUACCUUCAGUAUAAAAAUGUCAGGCCUGAUUAUCUGAAAGCCAUUUGGAAUGUGAUCAACUGGGAGAAUGUAUCUGAGAGAUACAUGGCUUGCAAAAAGUAAAGCAUUAUCGUUACACCGAGUGCAUUAAGCAAUUUCCAACUAUUUUUGUAGUAGCUCGAAGUACCACAGUAUACCAGUAAGCUGCUCUAGGAUAGCAUUUCUGAAUGUGGCUUAUUCAGAUAUUUGAUAAACGUAAUGCUAUGAAUAAUUUCCUGUUUUACAAUUUUGUUAUUGGGCAACUGUUUGAAAAUAUUAAAUGCUUUGUAUGAUUCGGUCUUUUCACUGAACGUUUCCUUCAGAGAGCUAGAAUGGCUAGGGGGGUUAAAUUGUCAUCAUAAAACCAUCAAAAGUAUCCCAUUCCUAUGCUGUUAGGGGUCUGUGGAAGCCUUUCUCAUCCCAUUCUGUUGUAGGAAAUCUAGUCUUUUGCCCCAGUUGUUUAAGAACAAAAUAUUAAAUUUAUUUCCCAAGGGGAACAGUUUUCUAUUGAAAAUUGCUCUUUUUGUAAGUAAUCCUCCAUGUAGUUUUGCUUCUGGCGGUGUCACCCAAUGGUCUUUAAUUGUUUAUGGUCACAUGUAACACUGGGUAAUCACCAUUUUGUCUUUUUAAAAAAUAUUACUUGAUUGCUAAUUGAGAAUUGCUUUAUAAUGAGAAAGAAAUAGUCGUGCAUCUGAAUUUUCGUCUAGGGAGAAACACAAAGACUUGAUGUGAAAUGUUGUCCUCAAACCUAGAAAUGUGUAUUGUCUAACUUCUCAAAAUGGACAAAUUAGGGCCAAGCUGAUAAAGUCCAUGAAGGGAGGAGGUCACAGAUGGUUCUGGCCGGGCGCUUGGUCAGGUGCUGCCUUCAUGGGUAGAGACAAGUGGUUUCCAGAUGAGGUCAGCCGCGUGCCUCCCUCAGAAUGGAGGGAGGUGCCUCCCUCAUUUAUUUCUAAACACUUGUUUUUGAGUUAUUGUAUCCCAUUUGAUGUUUUGCUUUUCUUUUAAAAAAUGUACAGUCCCAACAGAAGCUUUGUAUUGAGUUUUUUCAAUAAAGGGAAAACCAUACCCUCAAUACAGUGACUCAGCA